AUGACAUAUAAUAAUGGGGAAAAUAUUCUUAAAGGAAAAAAUUAUCAGCAAAAGAGAAAUUUUACAGGAUCCGAAGACUCAACAAUAAUAGCAGUUUAUGAUUGCUUCGUGUGUUCAUUACCAAUAAGUGAUCAAUUCAUUUUUAAAGUAAAUGAAAAUUAUUUUCAUUCAUUAUGUUUAAAAUGCUGUGAAUGUCAUGUAAAAUUACUUGAUCAAUGUUAUGUUCGACAUCGAGAUGUUUAUUGUAAAGAAGAUUUUUUCAAAAAAUUUGGUACGAAAUGUGCAGCGUGUGGAAAUGGUAUUCCACCAAGUGAUGUAGUACAACGUGCAAAUGAUUAUUUGUAUCACUUAGGGUGUUUCUCUUGUCUUAUCUGUCAUCGACAAUUGAAAGCAGGCGAUGAAUUUUAUUUAAUUGACGAUCAAAAACUUGUUUGUAAAAUUGAUUAUGAGGCAUUAACACAGAAAGAACUUGGUGAUACAAAUAAAAGACCACGUACAACUAUUACACAAAAACAGCUUGAAGUUCUUGAACAAGUUUAUAAUACAAGCCCAAAGCCAGCACGAACUUUACGAGAAUCAUUGGCAACUGAAAUUGGUUUAGAUACGCGUGUUGUACAAGUGUGGUUUCAAAAUCGUCGUGCUAAACAAAAAAAUUCUAAUAGACAACGACAAAAUGAAAUGCGUCCUUAUGUAAAAAAUCAACGAAAAACACAGCGAAGAACAAUUGACAAAUGUCAAACUAUGCAACAUGAAGACGAUACUAGUCAUGACGUUGAUAAUAUCGCGUCCGAUGAUGAAUUAUCAGAACAUGCUUCAGAUGAUUCUUUAUCGCAUAUUUCUCUUGCAAAUCCAAUAUAUUCUAAUGUUAUUUCUGUAGUAUCGAAGUCAUCAUCAAGUGAAUUAUUAACAUUCAAUUCACCUUGCACAUAA